AGGGGCGGAGCACGCUCUCUUCCCAGGAGGCUGGCUUGAGCUCCGGCUUGGCCUUGGAAGCAGGGCCGGAGGAGGACGAUGCGCCUGGAGAAGGGCUCCCCCGUGGGGCCUGCAGCCGGACAGAGUUCCAGCUGCCCCGCCACCGCCGGGGACGAGGCCCGGGAAAAGAACAAGCCCUGGAAGAAGCUGAAAAACAUGGUGCAUUGGUCCCCUUGUGUCGUGUCUUUCCGGAAACGCUACCCGUGGGUGCAGCUUGCUGGUCAUGCAGGGAACUUCAAGGCUGGUGACUUUGGACGCAUCCUGAAGAAGUAUUGCCCCAGUGAGCAGCAAUGCUUGGAACGCCUGCUCUGUGAUGCCUUGCAGCCCUACGUCCCAUCAUACUACGGGGUGGUGGAACAUGAUGGAGAGACCUACAUCCAGAUGGAGGAUUUGCUGGCCGGCUUUGACGGUCCGUCCAUCAUGGACUGCAAAAUGGGAGUCCGGACGUACCUCGAGGAGGAGUUAGAGAAAGCGAGGCAGCAGCCUUGUCCACGCCGGGACAUGUAUGACAAGAUGGUGGCUGUGGACCCAGAGGCUCCCACAGCAGAGGAACAUGCCCAGCAAGGCAUCUUGAAACCUCGCUACAUGCAGUGGAGGGAGACGCUCAGCUCCACCACUUCCCUUGGGUUUCGUAUUGAAGGCAUCAAGAAGGCUGAUGGCACCUGCAACACCAGUUUUAAGAAGACCCGGCAAGCAGAGCAAGUCAUCCAGGCCUUUUGGGACUUUGUGGAUAAUAACCAAAGCACUCUGAAAAGCUACCUGGAGCGGCUCAAAGAAGUGAGGAUGGCACUUGAACAGUCAGAGUUCUUCAAAGUGCAUGAGGUGGUUGGCAGCUCCCUGCUCUUUGUCCAUGACCACACAGGCCUGGCUCGGGUCUGGAUGAUCGACUUCGGCAAGACUGUCCCCCUUCCAGAAAAACAGACGCUGACGCACCGCUUGCCUUGGGUGGAAGGCAACCGAGAGGACGGCUACUUGUGGGGCUUGGACAACCUCAUUGCCAUCUUGGAGAACAUGCUAGGAGAGUGAGCAAGCCGUAAUAAAAGACACAUCGCUCUGACAAAACCAGAUGAAGACGAGACUGCUGGCUCGGUCCCAGUGACUUUGCCUUUAAUUUAUUCAGCCAGAUAUGCUACCAAACCUGGGGAAGCCCUGAAAAAUCCUGGAGGAAAACCGGAAAGCACCAGGGCUACCGCAGAAGGACUUCCAAGUUCCCAGAAGUGACCCAGAGCUAGUCACCUUUGGAAAGGUCCUGGUUUUGCGCAACCAGAGCCGUUGCAUCUCAGAGUUAUUUAUUGUUGAUCUGGUUGGGACCCUAACUCUGCUCCAGAAUCUCUCUGUUUCUUGAAAGGAGAUUGCAAAGGUUUCAGAUAAACCUUAUCCCAGGAACCAAAUCAGAACAGAGGCUGUAAGGGUAUCCUGUGUAAAGGUGGACCAUUACUGGGAUGCUGAGUAUAGUAUUUCUGCAAUAAGAACUCAAGAAAGUGGAAAGCAAAAGGGAUGAGGUUUAUUGAAAGCUGUUCCCUAAGCCUCACCUUUGUCAGAAUUUCAUCCAGACCAAACAAGUGGUUUCUCUUCCAAGAAGCUGUAACUUUCAUAAUGUAUGUUUCAAGAAAACUAAAACACUUGUUUUAUAAUUUGAUGCCUCUGUGAUAGGUCUUUUUUUUUUAAAAAAAAGAAUACUUCAGCAAUGGCCAGGCUGCCUGUUUUAUGGUGCUGAAUGUACAAUGGUCUUCACAAGCAGUAAAUGCUUGGGUAGAAGUUUUCCCGCUGGGCUUUUCUACAGGGUAGUAAACGGGGAGGGGGAAAGCCCCAUUGCACCCACUGGAGAACAGAGAUGUUCCUCUGUUAUUGCGAUGUUUUGGGUUUCUUUGGGUUUCCUAUGUAAAUAUGGAAAUGUAAAAGUUGUUUUUUUAAAAGGGAUGUGACUAAGAGAAA